AUGGCUCGCCACAGUAAGGCGAAAGCGCGGAUCAAGAGGCAGAAGCCGACGAUGAAGUCCAGUACAGACCACCAACCAGAAUACUUGACGAUGCAGCAAGAAGCAAGGAACACAGAAGGCCGGAGUUUGUGGCGUACUGGCUCCAAUUUGCGCCACCAAGGAGUCCGUUUUGUGAGCGCAGGUAACACCCAGCGGAAUGAAAACAACGGGGGAGAGGCUCGUGAAGGGGGCGCCCCCUGGCCAGAAGAAAGCAACAAGCAACCGCCCACGGGAAGGGUUGAGUCGAAGGAGGAUGCACAGGGAUUGAAAAACAAACGCGCAAAGCGCAACGCGUCAUUCUUCGUCGACCUAUCAGGCGAAAGUGGUGCACACACUGGGCUUGCAGACCCCGUUACCACAGUCUCACUAUCCGAGUGUGACAACUCCAGCGAAGAUGAAAUAGUGUUUCAUGGGCGGCGUAGACUUGAAGAAAGACCUCGUAUCAUUGUUGAAGGCCAUGCGAUGAAAGCUGCUGAAACAAAUUACCUCUCGCCAAAAGAACUCGAAUCGCCACCCGAGACAAGGCCACCCACACCGGACUACAAGGUGUGUCCGGUAUCCGAUGGCAUAUCAACAUAUGAGCUGCCACAUAGAAAUCCACGAACAGCGGAUAAUAUCGAGCAGACGAAGACUGUGAUGCAAUACGCGGAGAAAGUUACCCAGGAGGUAUCGGAAAGUGAAGAUGACGAUAUACUAGCUGACUAUAUAGCAAACAUGGCCGAAAAUUACUACGCCGAUCUACAUAGCUCACUAGCUGGUGCUAUGACGCACGAGCCCGAGUAUGGGGUAGAGAUGCCACCGCAGAACACUACGAUCCAUGCGCCCAUUUGCGAUUCUAUUCGUCGUUCCGGCAAAGGGGAAUAUUCGCGUAGGGAUAUCUUGUCGGAACGUAAGCGCAAAAUGAUCCCGCCGUCAAAGUUCAUGCUGAAAUCAGUAGAUGGCGAGAGUGAAGUGAAUGUUACCAACGAUGCAGGAUCGUACGCGCUCCACGAUGUUGCCUCGGCGAGUAACCAUGAUCUACACAGCUCCCAAGUCAAUGACUCCGACGAAGGGGACGCUCUUGAUACUGACCUAGACAUUGAGAGACUUCAGGCACUGGAGUGCGAAGUGCAAGGACGCACCGCCCUUUUUCAACAGAACCGCAAAGACUCACAAUAUGGUAUAUUCGCCUCGGCCACUGCUUUCGCCGACGCCUUGGAAAUUGACCCCUAUUACGGCUUAGAUAUCAUGGAUUUUAACAGGCCAAGCCUUCGGAAAAAGCAAAGAGGAAAGCAUCGCAAUCCAGACUUGGUCUUAUCGGACAGUGAACUGGAAUUGGAACUGGAGAAUGCCUGGCGGAAUGACCGAGAGAAGAAGAAAGCCCGAAAGCAGAAACGAGAAGAACUUCGCUCCCAAGGUCUCCUAGGUCGAGGGGCACAUGACCCAGAUCUGAGAAGCAAAUAUACAAACGGCAUGGGGUUUAGUGAUUUGAAGACGGAGAUACGCAUUUUCCUACUGUCGUCAAGAACCAGUUUGGCUCUUCCGCCUAUGACGAAGCAUCGUAGGAAACUGAUUCAUGAUCUAGCAAAUGCGCUGUCUUUAAAUUCACAAUCACGAGGCAAGGGGUCCUCUAGAUUUCCCAUACUGCACAAGACUUCCCGGACUCCGAGGUACACACAAAAGACCAUUUCCUAUAUCGACCAGAUAUUCUCAAAAGGAAAGUUUAACCACGCAGCCACCAAAUCAUGGGAUCACAAGAUCACAAAGUCUGCUAAACCACCUCGUGGUCGUCCGGACAGUUCUGUCUCAUACAUGGAUGGAGAUAUUGUCGGCGCAUCUGCUCCGGAGAUUGGAGCAGGAAACAAGGGCAGAGCAAUACUGGAAAGAAUGGGUUGGAGUACGGGAACAGCUCUUGGUGCUACUAACAAUAAGGGUAUCCUGUUACCAGUCGCGCAUGUUGUGAAAAAUACCAAGGCUGGUCUAGGGUAG